AUGUAUGCCCAAAGUACCACCAACGCAUCCGCUAUCGUUUGGCUUCGGACUUAUGAGGCCAUUCAAAAGGUUUAUCUAGAUCAUGUGGAUCAAGAAAAUCAAGAGGCAGCGCAAUAUGCCAUGGAGGCCCGAAUGUCUAUUUUAGGUUGUUUGUCUGCAGGUAUGGUGACUGAUACUAGUUCUCUUUGCGAGAAACUGCUUGUUCUUCUUGACCAACAGAGUGGAAUUCGAGGAGCACAGGCACCGUCACAACGGAAGGUGCCACGAGAACCAAAGGGCGCCUUCUGUAAUCUCCAUUUAGCUGACCAAAAGUGCUAUCAAGACUUCGCUUGUAACCAACUCCAUCUACAUGAAGCGGGACCUGUCAGGCAUCGUAUAAACUUUUUUAUGCGCCUCAUUGAAGUACUAAAGUCUGAAAAGCUGCCCAGAAGGGAGAUACUUCAUCGAGUAAAGGAUUCCAUUUUCUUUGCACGCUAUGGUAAUAAGGUGACGGUACAAUGUCAUGGAAAAUGGAUUCCUUUCUUCAAAACCCUAUAUACGGACGGAAGGCUUGAACAGGCUUUUCGAAUCCAACAGUAUUCCUGUAAUAACAAUGGAUGCACAGAUGAACAUUGUAAAGGAGUACAUACCCAAGAUCGAAGAGCAGUUUCGUCAAGUAAGCAAAUGGAUCUUCAUAACCCACAAGCGUUGGCCGCUCAAAUAGAGGAGGAAGCAGAGAGACUUCUUUCCUUGUUGGUAACGUAUAAAAACCAGCCCCCAGAGGCACCACCUGCUCUUUCACUUUCGUCUCCAAUGACAACAAUCGCCUCACCUACGUCUGAGCUUUGGAGAAAUACCGUUCGAGAAUAUGUUCGACAAACAGGUAUCCCACAGCUGCAAGCUGAUGAAUCUUUGCUGAAGAUGUUACAAGAUGCCAAUGUUGUAGGGACACCUGCUGCUUCGACAGAGAGCCUGACCCCCUUGUUGGAUGAGCUUGAUCUGCACGCGUUCAACUCUAGUACAUCGCCGAGGAACGACUCGUGA